AGUAGUUGUUAAUCAGCUGACGGGUGAACAGGCUGUGUGAAGGUAAAUUUGGGAGUCUGCCGAGCUGAUCUGUGGCGUAGUGGAGACAGUGUCAUCUCGUGGUUUAUUUUACAGAAACAACGAGAGAGCCUUGAACUAAUUUGUUGAAGCAGGCAUGGAGAGCGACUCUGAAACACACAGUGGUGAAGAUACUACUCCAGAUGACUGGAUGGAAUUGGCUGAUGCCAGUCCAGAUGCCAGUCCAGCCAACAGUCCUGCUGCCACACGGAAACCCUCAGAAAAAGAGGAUUUUAAACUGUCCCUGAUCACCUGGAAUGUGGAAGGGAUUUAUGGGGAAAAACGUUCAGAGCGUGCCAGAGGCCUGGUUAAAUAUUUAAACUUAUACAACCCUGAUGUGGUGUUCCUGCAGGAGCUCAUUCCCUCUUAUGUCCAGUUCUUGAAGAAACGGUUUGUGAGCUACCUGAUGAUUGAAGGUGGUGAGAAAGGUUACUUCACAGGGAUGUUACUGAAAAAGUCACGAGUCAAAUUUGUGGAGAGUGAGAUAGUAGCUUAUCGCACCACCCAGAUGAAUAGAAACCUGCUUGUCGCUCAGGUGAUCGUCAACGGUCAGAAGCUGUGCCUGAUGACAUCCCACCUUGAGAGCUUUAAGGCAAAUUCUAAAGAGCGUAUGAAUCAGCUGCAUGUGGUGAAGCGGGGGUUUAAACGUGCACCUGAUGAUGUCACCGUUGUGUUUGGGGGAGACACAAACCUGAGGGAUGCGGAGGUGACCAAGGUGGGCCUGCCUGCAACUGUCUGUGAUGUGUGGGAGCGACUGGGCAAGCAGGAGCACUGCCGCUACACAUGGGACACCACUACUAACACCAACCAGAAUAUUUCUACAACUGCUCGCUUCCGCUUUGACAGAAUCUACCUCCGCCCGGCCAUCAGACGUGGAGUCCCUCGUCUGGCCCCUGAUCACAUGGCCUUGGUGGGGCUGGAGAAGCUGGACUGUGGCCGCUACACUAGUGAUCACUGGGGAAUCUACUGCACCUUCUCAGCUGAAUAGAACUACACAAAACAACCAGAAACAUGACAGUUAAGCAUUUUAUUUUAGAUCAGCCGCUCUUUAAGUCAGAGUAAUGCUAUGCAGGAAGAUGUUCUUAUUGCCUGUAAAUUAUUUAUCUUAAUUUAAUCAGUUUUAUCCUCUAAUGUGUGUCUGCUUAAGUGUUUUAUGUGGUUAAAA